GGUUGACCAAAAUUAUUUGCCAUGCCCAGUUUUUGGUCGUCUUAAGCAAUCUUUAGUAAUGUUUUUAUUGAAAAGAAACCAACAUUCCUCAGAAAGCUAGUUAAGGCAGGGGUCUUAAGAUGAACCCCUCGGGUGGCCCUGAUUUUGCCCAGCGACAGGAGAGGAAGCUGCGGAUUGUACCCUACUGGGAUGACCUCUUAAAUCAGAGAGAACCUCAUAUUGACAAGGUUCGUCUCUUGAUUUUAAUGCAAGAUCUGAAGGAUGAGGGCAAUCAGCUGUUUCGUGAGAGCCAGUACAGUCAGGCUCUGACGCACUACUGCCAUGCCGUCUUCCUCACCAGCAUGCUGGAGAAUCGUUUCUAUCACGACGUUGACCCGGAGUUCCUGUCCACUCUCUACUCGAACCGGGCUAUCUGCUGUCUGAAGCUCGAGAUGUACGACAGGGCGGUUGACGACUGUAAUAGUGCCAUCAAACUUCAGCCAAACAAUGUGAAGGCAUAUUACAGAAAGGUGCAGGCUCUGAGAGCUCAAAAGAAAUACAAGGAGGCACUUGAUACAGCUUUAGCAGCCAAUGAGAAAAGUCCAUUAGUUUUCCAGCCACAAAUAGACCAGUUAAAGGAGUUGGUAAAUCAGACAUCAAAGAAAUCUGAGGUGUCUGUGAAUGCAGCCAAGUCUACUAAGUCUGACCUUCAGAAUGAAUGGCUGGAUGGAACAAACGUUCUAACCACACAGAAGCAGAGAGAAGCAGUCCUUAAGAAACCUAAAAUGCCUAAGAAAAAGAAAGCAUCUCGGCAACAAGGUCAAACUAACGGACAGGUGCAAGGUCACAGGCAAUCAACAAGACAACCGACCGAGCAGACAUCUUCCUCGGACUCUGAUUCCAGUGAUUUGGGGGAGGAUGAGAAGUUUGCCUUGACGCUGCAGAAAGUGAGAACGAAGGGAGAUCCUCUGAAGAUGAACAGGUCAAGUGGUACACGGGAUGGAGCAGCUUGGGCAUUCCCACAGUCCCCCGAAAACGACGCAGACGGUUUUUCGUUCAAUGCAGGAUUUCAAAAAGUCGGCCCAGUGGGAUCAAGAGGAUCUCCAAAGAAAUCGAUGAUGGGUCUAGAUAAUUUUGGACAAGUACCAACAGGUAAGCCUGCUCAGCAAUUCAUUGAGGUUGACUGGCCACUGAAGGAUGAGUUCCACUUCCGAUUGGCUUGUCAGCAAUGUUUUGUCAAGACUGGGGAGGGCAUCAAGGGAUAUAACUACAGGGAAGGCCUGCAUCACAACUGUGACUAUGACAUCAUGCUCAUUAAAUUAAAGCAGAGACCUGAUGUCAAUUGGAUCAAGGUGCGACCCAGGGCAGAAAGUUUUGGACAGUUGUUCAAGACGUACAAGAUUUGCCUUCAGUUUCAGGAAGGAAAGCGUUGUAGAAUAGGGGAAGAGAAAUGUACAUUUCCUCACCAUAAUGCAGAAAAGAGACUCUGGGAACUGGACAGAAGUAGAGAAUUCAGCAUUCCAAAUUUUAUAACAGAAAUGCGCAACAAAAGAAUUUACACAAGUUUAAUUCCAGGAGCAGUACUACAACAAGAGACUAAGCCUGUUAAACAGGAACCUUUUAUCCCAGGAUUAAAUUACACUAACAAAAAGCAGUCAUCUCAGACAUCUAAUACUUUUGAUCAGUCUUCAUCCAGAACAGCACCACCAACUUCAAUGACAUCACAGCCAUCACAACCUAUGCAGCCACUUCGGCCAUCACAGCCAUCUCAACCACCUCAGCCAUCACAGCCAUUUCAGCCAAUGCAGCAGCCACUACAGCAACAGUAUCCUUACUUUCAGCAACCACCGUCACAGAACACAAAUCCUCAACAGCAGCAGCCACCAUAUAGUCCUCAGAAAGAAAGAGUAUUGCCGGGUCAGCCUUUGUUACAAACUCCUGGCUUCCAGAGAUAUCAAGAUUUCUCUGUGCCACCUCCAAAUAUUACUUCAAAGCUUCCACCCCCUCCACAGACUAAUCUGCUUGGAGGUCACAAUUACCAACAGGCCUCAGAUGCUGAUGGAAUGAAAAAACUUGAAAAUCCACUCAAGGCUCAUUAUGACUUCAGAAUAUUGUGCAAAGAAUGCUUGGUACCUAGUAAUCAGCCUGGACUUUCUGUUCACAUGCCACAUGUCCAUAACUGUGAGCAGAAUGUUCUGGCUCUGUACAAGAAAGGUGAACCUUCUGUGUUGAUGAGAGUGAGGGAACGAACCAAUCAUCGUGAUUUCCCAGGAAAGUACAUUAUUUGUAACAGCAUUAUGUAUGGGGUAUCGAGUAUGUGCAGAUUUGGGGAAGAGAAGUGCAGUUUUGCACACAACCGUGUUGAACAGAUCCUGUGGACCCAGGAAAAAGAAGGAAGUUUUAACGUUUCUGAGUUCAUUCUUCAGAAUAGGUCUGCCACUGGUGGAGCUAAAGGUUACACGGUAGAAGAAUUGUUGAAAAAACAUGGCGGACAAUUUAGAUUUAUCUGUCAACAGUGUUUCUAUGACCGACCACCAAGAAUAGCAGAGCUUGGAAACAAAGGGUAUUGCAGUGGCAAUAAAGGUCACCUAUGGGAGAACUGCAAGGUGCUGGCUCAUUUUGGACAACUGGGCGGUAUCACCAUUAUAAAAAGACGCAUGUUUGUACAUAAAUCGGCAUACUUCAAAAUUUGUCACUGGAUAUUAUUCUGCAAAAAAUCUUUGACGGGCAGCUGUCCGUUUGCUCACAGCAUGGUGGAGCGUGAUGUGUGGAUGUGUGAAAGAGAUGGGGACCUCAGUCAGGAGCAGGUGGUGGAUAAGUGUAAUGCCAUAAUGUUUGGUCCAGCCCCAUCUCAGUCUCAAGGUUUUCGAUUACAGGACAACAGCAGACCAGCACAACCUUACGCACCAGGUGCUUCUCAGCCAGAGUUUUCAGAGACUGAACCACCAGCAAGAGACCUCUGUCCUUACAAUGUCCAAGUUCUCUGUGGCACAUGCUGGAAAAACGGAACUCGCAGCAAGCAGGAUGGAAGCCAGGACAAAUGUAUUAAAGGUCAUAACCACUGGCAUCAGAUAAAGAUUUUCAUGCUUUUGCCCGAUUUGAAAGAGAUUCGACCUCUUCCAUUGAAAAUUCCUAUCCGUCUGAAGUUUGUCAUUUGCAAAUAUGUUCUGGCGAAGAAGCGAUGCGAUUACAGUCUUGGAGGACCCUGUCAGUUCGCCCACAGUGAGAAGGAAAAAGAUGUCUGGAUCUGGAUGUGCCAAAAUAAUAUUAAAAGUCUCGACGAAUUGGCUGAAGAGAGCCUGAAGGCAGAGAAGGCGAAAUCAAAGAUCAGUCAGGGUGAAUCUGUUGUAGCUGUGAGUAGGAUGGCAAGCAAGCCGUUGGCACCGUCUGACUUCCAGGUGAACUCCAACUACUGCCAGUACUGCGGAAUCCAGUGUAACAGUGAGAAGCAGUGGGAUGACCAUUGCGCGUCGGAACGUCACAACUUCAAUGUGAACUCAGACAAGGAUCACCAGUGGAAUUUCCGUCAGCCACCAUGGGGAAUUCCAGGUUCAAGCUAUGAACUUUGUGCAAGACAUAUAACUAGUGAAUCGUGUCAGUACUCACAUGUUCAGGAGAUGUACAACCUGUGUAAGUACGCCCACUCACAGGAGGAGCUGGACGAGUGGAAGGAACGCUACGAGUGGCGUCAGAUGAAGCGAGACAUGGCCAAGCAGCAAAAGGUUUUCUCCUACAUGGACGAACUUCUUGACAAAUACGAAAGUACAGAUUCUGGCAUUUCUGUGUUAUCUGAAGAGGUAAACGGUGUUGCUGUACAGUGUGCUGAUGAACUGCAUGUGUACAAGGAAGAGAAGAAUGCUGUGGUAACCUGGUCGUUUAUCAUCAGAUCACAAUUUCCACUGUUAAAAACUGCCUUACUGCUGGACAAAGACAGACUGCAUUUCACAAUCCAAAUGGAAGAUGGCAGAAAUCAUCAGAUCGCUCAGGGGGAUGUUUUUGAGGAUGUCGACAAUCACGGCAAUGACUGCUAUCGAGUGAUCAUCCAGUUCACUGGACGUAUGUUUGGCUCGUUUAGUCAGUGGGUAAUUUUCGACUUUGGCAUGUAUCCAGUUGUGGUUCGCAAACUGUCUGUAGAAGUGGGCAACCACGAUGUACACAAUGUGGUCAAGUCCCUCCGCCAGAAGUUAUCCUUUGAUAGGUGGACGAGUCAGAACCGUGAAAUAGUUCGACAGCCUGAGCCGACAGAACCUUUUGAUGACCAGCUCUUGCAGAGAUACAAGGCCCCAGAUGCAUCUGAACGGGUUGUAACACAGGACAGUAUAAUCGCCGAGUUGAACCGCAACAACUACAUUCACAAGAUGCACAAACUGUUAGAGCUGGAAGAGCUGACCAGACAUCAAAUUAUAUCUAGCUACAACAUCUGCACAACUGUUCAAAUCCAGAACAAUAUUUCUUUAACUAAAGGUUCAUUCUAUGCUAGACCAGGAGAGCUGUUUAUGAGAGUGCCUCUGUCGGACAAUUUGACUGAGGACACAAACGCCGGUCGAUUAAUCCUCACUAGUGUCAAGAAAAUCUGGUUUGCUCCAUCCAGUGAGAGUCAGAAACGAGUUUUUGAGGCCAACAUUUUGGACUCGAGUAACUACGACUUUGAUGGCCGUGGGAAAGAAUACAUUUACCUGUGUGUUCCUCCAGUUUGUGUACAGGCUCUGGGACUUGAGGCUGGGUCAAAUGUUGAAGUAGAGGUUCAGUUCCAGAUGAAUCGCAUACAUUUUUGUCGCAUGCAUUUCGCCGUUGACUGCUUAGAGAACACCGACAUCGUCUUUCCAGAUAUUGUGAAAGUCAAUCCGCAGUGGAACGAACGCCAUAUCUUUAAAAUCAGUUCCAAGGUUCUGAAUGAGGACCAGAUGAAGGCAGUCCGACAUAUUGUAGCCGAGCACAUUGGGUAUUCUCCUCCAUUUAUAAUGUACGGACCGUUUGGAACAGGCAAGACGGAAACACUAGCACAGGCAGCAAUGGUCUUGGUUAAAGAGUCAUCAUCUGCUCGCAUUUUAAUUUGUGCACAGUCAAACAGUGCUGCAGAUAGAUAUAUUUCCAAUUACCUCGAUCCAUUUCUUAAAAAGUUCAAACUGGAGAACAAGUUGAGACGGGUGUAUUUCAAAGAACGCCGUGUAAACACUGUUUGGCCAGAAGUACAGAAAUACUGUGCAAUUACAGACAGGGGGGAUAACUUCAUUCCACCCAGUCGCGAGGACAUAAUGCAGCACAGUUUGGUGAUAACAACAGUGGAGACAUCACUACAGUUGUUGCACUUGAAUCUACGUGGCUACUUCACGCACAUCUUCGUAGACGAGGCUGCACAAGUCCUAGAAUGUGAAACCAUCAUGCCAUUGUCCCUGGCGACAGAGAAGACGUGUAUUGUCCUGACAGGAGAUCACAUGCAAAUUAGUCCGCGCGUAUACAGCCCCGAGGCUAGAAAACUUAACUUCCAUGUCUCUCUGCUCCAGAGACUGUACCGACACUACGAGAGUUUCCGUGAACAGCUCAAUCAGAGGAACUCAAGCCCGCUUAACAUCUUCCUCAGUAUCAACUACAGAACUAAGAUGGAGAUUCUGCGAUUCAUCUCGGCCAUAUUCUACGGCGGUCCUGACCAGCUGAAGGCACAGGGAUCUAUUCCCUCGGUCGUUGAGAUUACUCCGCUGGUGUUUUAUGCAGUUCAGGGCUGCGAAAUUCAGGAGGCUGAUAGUACAUCGUACUACAAUAUUUCAGAGAUACAGGAGGUGGUGGAACGAGUGGACGAACUAUAUAUAAACUGGCCAGUCGAGUGGGGUCCCCGAAAAGCUGAAGACAUAAUGGUUGUUACUGCAUAUUAUGACCAGGUGUUGCAGAUUCGAAAUGCACUCCGGAAAAAGAGACGGGAAUUGCGAUCAGUGAAUGUGAGCAGAAUAAACGAUGUUCAGGGUAAAGAAUUCAGGGCAUUGUUUAUCAGCACUUGCCGAACACGACAUCUUCUUGAAUCUGAUCGCAUUCAGAACUUCUUGCAAGAUACAGAGUGUGAUGGCGAUAUUGGUGACUUUGGUUUCCUGUCUGAUCCCAAGCUGUUGAACACUGCUCUAACACGAGCUCAGUCCUUCGUUGCCAUAGUGGGAGACCCAGUAGCACUGUGUUCUAUCGGGGAAUGUGUACAAGUGUGGCGCACAUACAUCAAGCACUGCCACAACAUGAAGAGUCUUCAUCCUCGAACUCUUACCUACGAGUCCAUCAAGAACCAGGUGAUAAAUCUGCAGAUGUCACCGGAGGGACAAAGACUAAAGAUGAUCAUGGAAAUGAACCGUCAGUCCAAUCGCAUGCCACGGUUAAUUCCAGCUGGAGGUAAGAAAACACAUCGGGAAGACCAGCAGUCUUGGUCAGCUUCUUCUCAAAUCCCUAGUGCUGCCGACAAACAGAACUCGAAGACCAUGCAUCCUACACCCGGGCGAUUGUACAGCCUGGAUGACAGGGAUGUUGACUUCAUGAUUGAACCAGACGAGAUCAUAAAACAUCUGGCCAAAGAGGUUGUUAAAGCAGACCAACUCCGUGCACUCCAGGAUAAAGCUAGAACACAAGGUAUUCUACCACCAAAGGAAGAUAGUAUUGAGACAGAUGAUGAGGUAUUAAACAUUGAAUGCAUUAAGGUAAAAGAACACAAAGGAUAUGCAGUGGUAUAUUACAACUUGGAUAGAGAAAGAGAGAGUCGUAAAAGAAAACUGUUGUCAGAAGCAGAUGCUGGAGUUGAUUUUGAUUCAGAUGAUGAUAUUGAUCAUGAGUAUCUAGAUGACUUUUUGGGAAAGAUGGAAUGCAGGAAUUACGGAGUAAGGGAAUUGAAUAAACUGUUGGAGAAUGACCCAGACCACUAUAAAUAUUGCAUUCUAAAUAUUGAGUCAUCACAACGAAUGUUUGCCAGUGUUGUUGAUUUCACCUCAUCUGUUCAAGAAAUCAAGAUCGGAAGCAGAAGACUUUGUGGACAUGCUUUUCAUCAAGAUGAAGUUGUGGUGGAAAUACUCACUCCUGACAAGGAUGUCACAGGAGCUGAUGUUGGUGAUGAUGGUGUCAAUGGCCAGGUAGUCGGGAUUUUGCGACGAGCCAUGGAUCCACAUUAUAGAUCAUUUGUUUGUACAGUUGAAGUUAACAACACCGGUAUCAUGAUCCCCAUUAACAGAGGUCUUCCAAAAAUUUACAAUCUGUCUACUAAAACACGAAUGCAGAAAGCCAAAAAAGGUCACGUCUGUGUCUAUCAGUUUACUAAAGACAAGGAAAUUACGUUCAGUCAUUAUGAAAAAAUUGAUCCAUCGGAUCCUCAAGGGAAGUUGUUUUUGGUGCGAUACCUAAAGUGGGAACCAUCGUUUUACUCUCCUCUCGGAAUCGUGAUUGGAGUGAUCAAUGCGGGAAGAACAGUGGAAGAAGGCGUAGCUAUUCUAGACAUUGAGCAUAAUGUACACAGGAAAUACAAACAAGAAACAGAAACAGAAGUUAAGACACUCUACCAUCAUGAUUACCAGUUACCCAGGGAUGUAUACCAAACAAGACAUAACAUCACAGACAGAUGGUGUUUUACAGUGGAUGCUCCAUCCACAAAUGACCUGGAUGAUGCCUUGAGUAUUGAUCAGUUACCAGACGGCAACUAUGAAGUCGGAGUUCAUAUAGCUGAUGUAUCUUAUUUUGUUAAGAGGAAUUCUUGCAUUGAUGCUGAAGCUCUUCAACGAAUGACAUCCUUAUAUCCACUGAACGAUGAUCCAGUCCAUAUGCUGCCCCAAAGACUUAGUGUAGAUCUUUGCAGUUUGAAGCCAGGAAAAGACCGAUUGACCUUGUCCAUCUUUUUAAGCGUCACUGGGACAGGAGAGAUAACUAAGGUAUAUGCUAAAAAAUGCAUCAUAAAUUCUAAACAGCGAUUUUCUUACCAGGAGGUUGAAGAUAUUUUACACGAUCCUGCUGCAGCAGAAACGGACUAUCUGAAGAGCUGCAUUCUGGUACUUUAUCAAAUUGCUCAGCUAUGGAGAAGCAAUAGACUGGGCAAUGGGUCCCAUGUUGUCAGUCUUGAUCUUCUAGACAGACAAACACCUAAAGCACAUCAAAUGAUUGAGGAUCUUAUGAUCACCACUAAUCAUGAAGUGGCUAAGAAACUGCUGGAACGUUUCCCACAGACAACUCCACUGAAAUGCCAGAAGCCACUAAAUCCAGAGAAAGCUGAAGAGUGGAAGAGUCAGCACGCAUCCAGUGCCCUGAAUACAGUCGCACUAACAAAGCCAUUUUUGGAAGGGCAGAAAACCUGCAGUUGUAGAGUAGCAUGCACAUGUAUUUUCAGCUACAUCCGAAAGCAUGGCAUUAAUGCGCAGAGUUCACUGGAUGUUCCUAAAGAUCUGUGGAAUACAAUAUGUGAGGCAUCUGAUGUUGGAAACUUGGAGUUAGUUCAGCACUUGAUUCUUGACCCCAAAAAUUACCCACAGCUUGCCUUAGCGCAGUCUGAUCUUAAUAAGAUUUGUAGUAAAUCAAAUUAUGCUUGUUCAGGUGAUUUAGAUCCUGUUAAUCGAGGACACUUCUCUCUGAACCUGGAUGUAUACACUACAUUUAUUAGUCCUAUACGGCGGUACAUGGAUCUAGUUGUUCACCGGCUAGUUGAGGCUAUGAUAGACCACAGACCCUGUCCUUACAGUAAACUUGACCUUCAGACUUUGUGUAUUCAGAAUACUGAUGCUUUAACAAGGGCAAAUAAAUAUCACCAGGACAUCUACAGUCUACACCUAAGUGCUGCUCUCAGAGACAAGCCUCUAGUCCUGUAUCCAGUCAUUGAGAAUUGUGAUGACAGAAACUUAACACUGCAGUUCCCUACAGUUAAAGAAAUUCCUCCAAAGCACAGGAACAUUUCCAUGAGUCUACUGAUGCCAAGAGAGAGACCAAAGGUUACUGAUGAUCCAAAAGAAGUGAGUCUAAAAUGGCAAGAACGUAUAUAUGAUGCCAGUAAAGAUAAGAAAACAAAAGGUAUGAAAGGUCCUACAAAACUAGAUCCAGAUCGAUACAUUGUGAAGAUUCCUGCUUUCCAAUGGCAACGGUUAUUGACUGCCAUCCGAUCUGAAGACUUUGAGAAGCUACAAGAUUCUCUGUCAUCAAUCCACCAGCAGGUUGAAUCUUUCGAGAUUGAUGGUCAUUUUGCAGAAGAUGUGUGUUCAGAAGUGUCGAGAAAUGGCAAGAUAAAUCAUUUUGUGGAAUUCUCUCUGUCUUUUCAUUCAUGUAUGGUACUUCGUGUACAAGUGGCCAGUGAAUUAAGCAGAGGUCUUCUUUGUCCAACAGUCCAACUCUUGGGCUUAACACCAAGUCUGGAUGUCUGCCUUGAGCAUCGAUCCUCCCCAAUGAACUGUUUCUCAACUGUAACUGUUGUAAGUGCUUCUAGACAAACCUAUGCUGAUGAAGCUGCUUAUCAGAAAUCAUGGCUGCCUAUUCUUGGUAUCGAGUCUGCUUCAAAUGCUGUAACUAAUCAAGAAAGUGUAUACAUACACAACAUUCAUAUUGAAUGGGCAAGAACCCAGUCGGCAUUAGGCAUAACUGAUGUUAUUGGAACUUUCCAUUUGCCACUGGAAUUCUGCAAGGAGCAUCAAAUCAAGUUUGCCACUGAUGUUCAGUUUGACAGUCUAAUAGAGCAUUUGAACAGUACACUGUCACAGAGCUACUUCCUAGACUAUCUCUGUGUUCGCUACACUGGCUUGUCAAUCCCUUGUGGUCCAAAUGUGGCAGAAAAAAUAUCUGCCGUUCUGUCUGAAGACAAGCCUGUUUGUUGGGUUGGACAUUGCUGCGUUACGUCUGUGACAAAGGAGAAGAGUGGUCAGUUGAUAGUCCAGCUGAAGCUGCAUCAGAGUGCUGUCCAGUUUCCUCAUCUGUUGCUUAGUAACGGUCCAACCACCAGCUGUACUAUUGAGUGGAUUCCAAGGACACUCCCAGACAGACGUAUGGACUUUGCUGUUCGCUGUCUUCAGGAAGGUUCUGAGUUGGCUAAAGACAUUGCAACAGGACGGAAGCCAGUAGACAACUUGAGCUAUCGAGAUGUAGAUGAGCUACGACGGACACAGUUUGACACGUUAUUGCCCCUGAACUCGACCCAAGAAGAUGCUAUACAGCAGGCACUUAAGCAGCCAUUCACUGUGAUCCAGGGCCCGCCUGGAACGGGAAAGAGUCUGACAUCAGUUCACCUAGCGCGUCGGUUUGUAGAACGCAACCGAUCAGCGAGCGUUCAUCCGACCGAUUCUCAGCCUCAAGUCUUAUUCUGUGGACCCUCAAAUAAGUCGGUCGAUGUAAUUGCUGGUUAUUUAUUGGGCAUGGGUCCUAAAUGUCCUCGUGUUGUCCAAGUUUACAGUGAACGGAUAGAGCAGUUGGAGUUUCCUCUGCCUGAUAACCCCAUCCCUCCCAAGAAAGCUGAACCUACAGACAUCUUGUCGGACCCGUCCCUUAAGAAGAUUGCCCUGCACCACCUGAUUCGACAGCCUAGUAACAUUCACCAUCAGACGAUAGUUGAAUACGACAUGCUGUUUAGUCUGUACCCAGACGAUAUCACUCGGGAUCAGGUUGCAGAUUAUUUGAGAAUUCUCACACUAGCGUCGAAGAUUGAAUUACAGAAAGCAGAGAUCGUUCUGUGUACGUGUUCUGCUAGUGCCAGUCCAAAGAUGAGUUUCAGCACCAAUGUAAUGCAGAUUAUAAUAGAUGAGUGUGGGAUGUGUAUGGAGCCGGAAAGCAUGAUUCCUAUAGUUCUGUUCCGUGGUGUGGAGCAGAUUGUUCUUUUUGGUGACCACAAACAGCUGCGGCCUAUUGUAACAAACCAAACUGCUAAGGAUCUUGGUUUGGACAAAUCCCUUUGCGAGCGGUACUCAGAGAAGGCCAUAAUGUUAUCCACACAGUAUCGUAUGAAUGAAGGUAUAGCCGAGUUUCCUUCGUACUAUUGCUAUGAUGGCAAGUUGCAGUGUGGAACCCAAGCCCAGCAUAACCCUGCUCCUCUUAAGUUUUGGCCAAAUGGAAACAACAAACCUGUCACAUUCUGCCACGUUGUCGGUAAAGAAGAACCUCUCACAGUCGCCACGGCUGAGGGAAAUGUCCAGUCUAAGAGUAACGAGAUGGAAGUGCAUUAUGCUGUAAGUCUAAUUUUAGUUUUUAAAUGUGAUAUGAAUAAUGAAGAUUUGUUAUCAAUGAAGAGUUUUUGUCCGUUUACAACAUUUUGA